AUGACCCUUCAAGAGCGCUUCAACGAACUAAACCGCCAAAUGGCGCGCCAUAAAGCCGAACAAGGAAACUGGGCCUCAAGGAAACAAACAUGCAUCGGGAACAUCCAAUCCCUGCAGAACCAAAACAUCGACCCGAAUAACCUCAACGCACGCCACCGGCAUCGCCAUGAACUCACGGCGUGGCGGAAUCGCCUCAAUGAGGCCCGGGAGAAGUUGGCGGACCUGAAUGACUUGAUGAAUCGGAAGCAUGGGCAGAUGCAGGAGAUUCAGCAGAAGCUUAGCGCGCAUCGCCGGCAGCAGCAGCCUCACCAUCGUGGAUGA